AUCCCAGAGGCUGGGCCAGGCAACCAUUGGCUGUGAGCUGAAGGGCUAAUCUAGGCCAGCUGCAAACGUCACUCAAAUAAGCCAUAACUGGAAACAGUAUUCUACCCCUGAAUUCUCCUUGUGCACUGUCUGCUUUUCCUGAUUGCCUGUCUUCGGGAUCUCCACUAAGAAUUCUGGGUGCAAGCAGCAGGGCUCUUACCAUGGCUUCUUGGAAAGUCUGUAUGCUUGGCCUUCUUCUGGUCCUCCUCUGUUCAUUCCAGCUUCCUAGAACACAGGGUCAACAACACCAUCACCACAGCGAUGUAGAAUACCAUGGAAAUGAACAUCAUCAUCCCAAAGAGCAUCACCAUGAUGCACACCAUUUUCAACAUACAGAAGAUGAUGGUGAUGAUGGUGGCCAUGCUCACCAUCAUGCUGCUCAGGAUAAGGAUGCUGGACAUUACCAAGGAAAUCAUCAUUCUCAACAUGAAGAUGAUGACAAUGAAGAAGAACAUCAUCAUUAUCAUAGUGCUGAUCAUCACAUUGACCAUCACCACCAUGAUGAUAGUAAUGAUGAUGAUGAUGAUGAUGACAUCCAUGACAAGCAUCAUCAAGAUGAACAUCGUGGAAAUCAUCACCAAGAUGAUGAUGAUGAUGACCAUUACCAUGAAGACCACCAUCGCCACAGUGACAAAGAGAGGCACCAUCAUGGAGACCAUCAGCAUCAAGAAGACGACGAUGAUGAUGAAGAUGAUGAUGAACACCAUCAUCAAAGGCAUGAUGAUGAUGAUGGUGAUAAUGAUGAUAAAGAUGAUGAUGACAGUCAAUCACAUUAUGACCAUCAUGACCACCACCAACACCAUAAAGAUGAUGGCAGUGAUGACAAUAAUGAUAAUGAACACGAACACCACCAUCAUAGACAUCAUGGAGAUCAUGGCGAUGAUGAUGAUGAUGAUGAUGAUGACGAUGAUGACAAUGAUGUUCGUCAUCAUCAACAGCAUCACCAAAAGCAUGCUGACGAUGACGAUAAGCAUCACCAUCAUGAAGAAGAAGAAGAAGAAGAAGAAGAAGAAGAAGAAGAAGAAGAAGAAGAAGAAGAAGAAGAAGAAGAAAACAAUGAUAGUAGUGAAGAUGAGGAUGAUGAAUAUACAGCUCACAAAUCGCAUCAACGAAGUAGCCAUCAUCACCAUCGAAAAUAUGAUGAUAAAGAAGAAGAGUCUGAUGAAGGAGACUCUAAGGAGAAAGAUGAGAAUAGGCAUGAACGACACAGACAAAAGCAUCACAAACAUGAGGCCCAUGAAAAAGCCAAAAAGCACCAUAGAGAGGAAGAAGAUGAGGAUGAGGAUGAGGAUGAAGAGGAAGAAGAAGAAGGUGAAGACAAUGAGUAUGAAGCAGGUUCUGUUUGCCACUACUGUGCCUUCUGCAAGUAUUGUGAGGAGUGUGACAAGUGCCCUUGUAAAGAUGGGGACAGCAGUGACUACUGUAUGAGCUGCCAGUAUUGUCAUUUCUGCUACAUUUGUCCUGUGUGUGAGACAGCCUGUGCACCAGGAAGCAUCGUAGAUGAAUUAUCUGGAGCCUUAUUUCAGACAAUCACUACCAUAUUUGAGCAGCAGGAACACUGAAGCGCCCUCUGCUGGAUAAGCCAAAAUUAGGGGAGAUGAUGACACCUUGACUUUUAGAGCCAAACUGUAAACAAGGGCAAAUAUAUGGCUGUUGUUUUCAGCAAUGUUUUCCUCUUCCUUAUCUUUGCAAAAAGCCUCCUAAGAUUGGGGAGGAGGGGCAAAAAGGAUUUUCUAUCUUUCUUCAGAAGGCAGCAAAGCAGCUUAGAGUUGAUAUAAAGUUGGCAAAAAAAAGGAGAGAUGUAACAAACAAUUUACAUCACUUCUUUGUUUGCUGCUAAAAAUCUUCCUUUUGAAAUUGCUUUUGAUUAAAAUACUGUAAUAAUAAUAAAAAAUUUCCUACUGGGAUGAAGACUCAUAGAACUAUUGUCUUGCUGAGCAAUUGGGUAUUUAUUUGGGUAGGGAGGUUAUCCUUUGCAAGUCAGGGCAUGUUAAGUGAGAUCAAACUUUAAACAAGACAUUUCACCUUGAGUUAAGGAAUACGUAUUGUCUAUUGUAUUUCCUUGGCUAUUAAAUGUUUGAGAACUUCAUCGCACUUGCAGCUUACUUCUGAGCAAUAGGUCAACUACUUGUGCUGUAGUUGUUUUCCCUCACUCAUGAACUCCAAAUUUGUUGGAGUGCAACUUCAAUGUCAGCUACAAGAGGAAUCAAACCUGCCACCUCUGAAAAGAACCAAAUAGAGGAAAUCAGUCUUAGUGAAUGAGCCAGAAUAGGAGAUGAUUCAUGCUAGUGUGAGUUUGCAUCAAUAUUUGUUUCUGAAUUGUGAUUAGGUUACAAUUGUGAUUAGGUUACAAAUACAAGUCCAACACUUAUGAAAGUUGGAUCUAUUUGAAUUAAAUCAUGUUCAAUUUUACAAUCUUUACUUAGCCUGUCAUUCUGCCCAUUGGAUCCUCAGUGUCUGAUCUGUGAUAAUUCUUUUGGGAUAGGAACACUGGAAGCAGCCUUCAUCAAAAAUUAUAGGACUACCUAACCUGGCUUUCUACUUUUCACAACCAUUUUAAUAUUUUAUUUAUUAUUUACUGGUAUUUUACAAGUUUGCUACUUAAUAGCAAUGAUUCUAAGUAGCUUGCCUACAACCCCAUCCUACUAAUCUCUCCUUUCCCAACUCUUUCUGGUCUAUCACUUUGGAAAACUACUAUUUUCAUGGCUUAUUCAUAGAAUAACAAAAGGCAAAACUGACAACAUAAAACUGUAAUGGUGUCGUAUGAUUUCUGCCCUUUGCCGAAGAAACUCUGAAUAUUUGUAGAUUUUAUGAAGAUACCAAAGAAUCUGAUAUGGACAACUGUUUCCUCAUACAGCAGCUUUCAUAACCUGGAAUUUUUUCCAAUAUAUUGGCACUAUGGCACCAGCUAGAGAAUCUUUUCUGGAAUGCCAUCACAGCUAAACUGGUUAUAGUACUUUCAGGAACUAGGUUUCUAGUGCUACCACUUUCAAGAUAUCAGAUCCAUUUCUUGCAUAACUGUAAAAAGAAAAGACAGAAGUUGGAAAAGAUGUUGCUAUUUAAGCCACCAUUAACAUUCUGUGCUUCAGGCAAAGUCAUGCAGAAUAAAAAUGCUGACCCAGAAGUAACCUUUUUUUUUUCUCGGCUCAGCCAUAGGCUAUAUACCCUAUUCUACAAAAAAAAUAUUGUUAAAGUAUUUUAUGUAAUCUUCUUAACCAGGUGCUAAGAAUUGAUUUAUUUUACAACCUCCAUUAUAUUCUCAUUUUUGCUUAUAUAUUAGCUGGCAUCCCUCACUUGACAAAUAGUACAAAUGAUCUGUUGUAUCAUCUUUCCCCUUCUUGCAUCAUACUAUUUUUCUGCAUCUGAGGCCUAGCUAUUGCACUGAAUCUCAGGAAGUCAAAAUUGGAUACAUUAAACCAAAUAGGGAACUCCAGCUGAAGACUGGAUCCCAUAGACUGAGAGUGAGGAUAAAUUGCAAACAGAACUUGGCUGAGGAUAAUUCAUGGUUUGUCUCACUUGUUCAGAUGUAGAUUUUUGAACAAGAUCAAAACACAAGAAAAAAGAAUUUGGUCAGGGGGUGUAGAUAGAACCUAUUGCUUCAAGAAGUAAACAGUGUGAACAGAAUCUGAAAACAAAUGUGCCAGAUUGACUCCAAGCUCAAAUCUGAACUUCCUUAUGCCCUCAGAUUAAGAGACUCACCUGCUUUGGUUCAAAUAAAAGUAAUCUUCUCUCUCCACUCCAAUGAUGGAUGCUCUUCUCCAGACUUUUUAAUUUAUAGCCUUCACUUUGUCUAGUUUUCAUGAACAAUAAACUUUAAAACUUGCUUCUAAACUUGCUGCGUGUUUUCUCCAUAGCCUUCAAUUUGCUGAAGUGGCCUUAAGGGAUUUGGUCAUCCUAGGAUAUCAACAUUUUAGGGAAUUGGGAAAGGGGCAUAUAUUUUUUCCUCAUUAAAUGGAAGAAACCUUUGGGAUGCCAUGGAGAAUAGGGCAAUGCCUUGUUUCUGUGCCUUUUGUUCUUGAUUAGUUCUUCUUUGGAUCCUCUAUAUUGCAUAAGGAAAAGAAAUCCUUUAAAAUUCUGUUAAGAAUGGCACCUUUUUAGUGAGUGUUGACCACUAAAUGUGUUUUAAAAUAAAUUUGCUUCCAAUGUGGGUUUCUGAAGUUAGUACACUAAGUUGACAUUGGAUGAGGACUUCUAUAGUUAGGCAAAUCCUGACAACCAUUGGAUGGCAGCAAAAGAUACUGCACACUCUUCAUUUUGGAGCCUAUAUCUAUAAUAGAUCAUUCUGCGGAUGGUACCAAGUUAUCAGAAUACACAAUGUGGGCCCUAAUACAGAUCUAUGAUCUGAUGGGACCAGAUGUGGAGGUGCUAAUAGGAAAUAGGAAUAGGCCCAUCCUUAUUAUAUAUUUAUAGAAAGAAAGUUGUAGAGUUGUAGAGACCAUGAGGGGAGU